AUGAACAAGUCUGGUGAAUCUGUCAAACAGGCCGCAAGACACUAUGAAUUUAGUCUAAUGGGACCAAAAGGUCCCAAGCGUCCUCUAUCUGCAUAUAUGUUCUAUGCUCUAGCUAACCGCGACCGUCUCCGCAAAGAGAACCCUAACGCUCGCUUUGGCGAGAUUGGCAGGCUCUUAGGUUCUGAGUGGUGUGGCUUGACAGACGACGAAAAGAGGCCAUACAUCAAGCAUUAUGAGGAAGAUAAGGUACGAUUCGAGAGAGAGAAAGCCAAGCACAUCAUCGAAAUGGCCGAGUAUGAGGCAGAGAAAGCUAAGAAUAGCUAUAUUUCAGAGUCUGAGACUUUUGAAAACGAAGAGGAUAGAAACAGCUCGCUACAUCAAGUGGAUUCUCCUUCUGAUUAA